CGCUCGGCUAAGACUCGGACUGUUCACAAUGUGUCUCUCUAACCUCACCAUUCAAUCGUUAUCCCACCAUGGGCUUGCCGCUAACCCGCGACUCGGUCCUCCAAGCUCAUGAGCUCGUCAAACCCCACAUCCACCUUACACCAGUCCAAACCAACACCACGCUCUCGAUUCUCGCAUCAACGCCUCAGUCGCCCGAUGCAUUGAAGGGCACACAAUGGGAGGGCCAGACGCCCGCGAAGCCGAACGUCAGGUUGUUCUUCAAGUGCGAAAACUUCCAGCGGAUUGGUGCGUUCAAAGUCAGAGGUGCUUUCCAUGCUGUCAAGAGAUUGAUCGAAGAACGGGGAAUCGAAGAGGUUAGGAAGACAGGUGUAGCUACACACUCAUCCGGAAACCAUGCCCAAGCUCUUGCCCUUGCGGCAAAAGCUUUCCACAUUCCUGCUCAUAUCGUCAUGCCCUCCGUAUCUACUCCUUCAAAAAUCGCUGGCACGCAAGCCCAGGGCGCCACAAUUCACUUCAGCGGCUCUACAUCCCAGGAACGAGAAACGGCAGUCAAAGAAGUGAUUGCGAAGACAGGGGCGACGCUUGUCCCGCCCUACGACCAUCCACACAUAAUCCUGGGCCAGGGUACCCUGGCACUGGAAUUGCAAUCUCAGGCCAGGGACUUAAUAUCCCAGAACAAGGAGCUCAGCGUUGGGGAAGUGAACAAGGGUCUCGAUGCUGUUAUCACACCAUGCGGGGGUGGGGGAAUGCUGUCUGGUAGUGCGGUUGCGUUGUAUGGCACAGGAAUCCGCGUAUUCGGUGCAGAGCCCAGUUUUGAGGGCGCAGAUGAUGCGCGCCGCGGCGUGGAAGCCGGCAAACGUAUCGAAAGUGUCAAGACAUUGACAAUCGCUGAUGGUUUGCGCACACCACUGGGGGAAUGGACGUGGAAGGUUGUGUCAAACAAAUCCAUGGUUCAGGGCUUGUAUAGUGUAACUGAGGAGCAAAUAAGAGGCGCGAUGAGGCUAGUACUAGAGCGGAUGAAGUGUUUUGUGGAGCCGAGUGCGGUGGUUGGAUUAGCCACAAUUCUCUACAAUGAGGAAUUCCGACAUAUGGUGGAAAGAGCGGCUGGUGACGAAGGCUGGAAUAUAGGGGUGGUUUUCAGCGGGGGCAAUACGACUGUGGAGGCUAUUAGCAAGCUGUUUGCUCCAGUGAUAGACGCAAAAGCAGAGUAGACCAAGGGGGGCAGUGGGAAAGGAUGCGAGUAGAGUGGCUGAAAAUGUGGCGGGCUAGGAGUUGAUGCGGCAUCAAAGCGAUAAAGGUGGCCAUCAUCUUCUCAAUGUGGCAAAGCCUGAGGCCUGAAAUCUAGACGUCUAUAUUGGCCUUACUUUCUUACUAUAACACUCCCCAACUAGCCUAGUCAUUUCUCCCCACGGCUUCCCUAACUAAUGCCCUUGUAUCAGUCUCCUCGACCUCGCUCUCAACACGGCCUUC